UAUAUUUUUACACUAACUGAAAUAUUGGUGAUCAUUAUUAUAAUAUCAGUAAGCGUGUGCUGUAGAUUUAGUUAAGCAAGCUGUUUCCAGUCGUUAUGCUAUAAUGGAAAUACAAUCUGCAACAGAAAGCGACUAGCGUAUUUCCGAAAAUGUGUAACUUUUUGCUUCUAGCCUAUUCAAUCAGUGCUAAGUGGUCUUAAAUAAUUCCCCCUUUAAACAGUACUAGCGUUAGCGACUGUGUUUGUCCACAAUAAGCAGAUUUCGGCUCUCCUCCGUGUGCUCCCCGGUGCUGUAGCUGCACUUUGCAUCCAGCAUCCUCUCCAUCAUCCCAGCGCUCCCGUGAACGCGCACGUCGGGUCGCCAUGGGGUGUUCUGGGGGCGGAGCCAGCGUACUGCUGCAGCUGUCCAUGGUUGCGUAGUGAGAAGCAGAGAGGGUCCGGGUACGUGCGAGAUGCAGCCAUAGUCACGCUACACUGUCUAAAAUCAUAACCUGCUGGGAUCGCUAGUGUUGCAGCGCAUCAGACUCGACUGAAAGCUUGUGGACGUGAGGCAUCAUGGCAGAGCACCAGAGGCAGCGCUCUCUGUCCACCGCUGGUGAGUCUCUCUACCACGUGUUGGGAGUUGAGAAGGUGGCCACAGGUGAUGACAUCAAGAGAUCUUACAGGAAACUGGCGUUGAAGUUCCACCCUGACAAGAAUCCUGACAAUCCAGAGGCAGCAGAUAAGUUCAAGGAGAUAAACAACGCCCAUGCAAUUCUGAACGACCCCACAAAGCGUAAUAUUUAUGACAAAUAUGGUUCUCUGGGACUAUAUGUGGCCGAGCAGUUCGGAGAGGAGAAUGUCAACACUUACUUUGUCCUUUCAAGCUGGUGGGCAAAGGCUCUGUUUGUAUUCUGCGGCCUUGCCACCGGCUGCUACUUCUGUUGCUGCCUGUGCUGCUGCUGUAACUGCUGCUGUGGAAAAUGUAAACCACGGCCUCGGGAGGGACAGGACCAGGAAUUCUAUGUGUCCCCUGAGGACCUGGAGGCUCAGUUGCAGUCUGACGAGAGAGAGGCUGGGGGUGACCCUAUAAUGCUGCAACCAUCAGCCACAGAGACGACCCAGUUGACAUCAGAUGGGCACCACUCCUAUCACACCGACACCGGCUUCAACUAACCCCUCCAUCCCCGUCAAUCCUGGCCUGCGGUCCUGCCUGCUUCCCUGCUCCACCUCGAUGAGAUGAACGAAAAGAGCGAUCCAUCUUUUCACUUCAGAAAAGGGAGCCAUGCGGAGGAGAGGGACUAGUAAGCAUGGCCCAUGAAAGGAACUAAUGAAGUCACACUCCUUACACCCCUCCCCCGAUUGGUCCACAAUGUAGUUCCCGAGACAAUAGAAACAUUAAGUUGUUUCUUUGUCGUUUCUUUCUUUUUGUAUUUCUUGGCCUUUAACCUCACAGGUCGCCUAUCCCACUUCCCCUUUCCCAUAUCUUGCAUCAUGGUGUAGCAUGCACUGUUUAUAAAACAUGGUCUCCAGAUUUUCUUUCAUCUUUAGCAACAUUUUUACUUUGCAAGACUCAUAAUGUAGGUGCAUACAUAUGUGCAAUACGUUCAAGCAGUACAGUUCACAAGGAGGAGGAGGAUUAGGGGGUUUUGUGCUAAAAGAAAAAGGAGAGCCAUGGCUCAGGGAGGUGCUGGUUAGAGAGAGAUUUGUUUGUUUUGCGAGGGCGGUCGGUGCCGUCAUUAACCCUUCAUGAACAGAGCUGUCAUAUGUUAGUGCAGUUUUUACUUCUGAUUUGCAAUCAGCACUGUUUUGGUUGAAGAUGCCACCUGCCUUUGUCAGACCUACAGUACGUCUUUGGCACUGUGUUUGUCUUUAGUGCGCCCUCCCCGAGUGUUUUUAAUGUGAAUCAUGAGGUUUGUAAAGGCACAGAGCUUUAUUUGCAGACAUGAUUUCAUGAAUGCCUGCUGGCGUCACAUUUCUACUUUAGUAAUUAAUUAGUAUUGGCUUUUCUCUUCUCUGCCUCAGCUUUGGUUCAGCUCAUUCUUGCAGGAUAGAGCCAACUCUCCUGUCGGUCCUGCAGCACUGAACAGUCGUCAUGACAGUCGGUUUUUUUAUGUAACGUUUAUGUUGGUUCAUAACAUCUUGAAUUCUAUCUAUUAUGGCAGGUUUCAGCCCAGUUGGGUUUCUUACAGUGUCAUGAUUUAAUGUUGAUAUGCUGUUCAGAGAUAAACCUAAGAAGAAUUUUUUGUUUCAUCUGAUUUUGUUCCUGUUGCUUUUCCAAUCAGCUGUUACAUUUGAUUUAUCAGAUUUGUUGACAUCGGAUCUCUUUAUCUAAAGUUUGUAGGGCCGAGUAUCGAAUUGAUACUUUUAUGGCAAUGACCAUGUUGCCUCAACAUUAUCGAAUAUCGACAAAUGUCUUGUCAUUCAUUACCAAAUUUCAAUACCUAAGGAGUUGAUAUCAUCAGCGUCAGUGAGCCAGUAAUCUCGAGGCGUGCAGGAAAACAUGAGGUCACACCCAGAGACAGGGCUCACUACAGGUAUGUCUCAUGGAAUCUUUCCUUAAAACGAAACCGUUAUCAAAUUCAGGGUAUCAAUACUGAGAAUUUUAUCGAUACCUAGCCCUAAAAGUUUGGCAAAGCAUCUCCAAUAUUCAGUAAUAUCAUGAGUUUCUGCUGUCUUUUUCUUUUUUAUCUGUUAGUUUAUAACAAAAAGCCAAAAGUUUUUUAUUUCAGAGAAGUCAUAGAAACUGAAAGAUAUUGCUUUCAUCCAGUUACUGCAAGUAUUUUUGUUAAUUUAUUGAUAUUGAGUUGUAAGAAGCCAAGGAGCUGCAGGUAACCCAUCCGGCUCUGCUCAGAGGGUGACAUGUUUUUCACUGUGAGCUGUCUUGAAUAUGUUAAGUAAUUAAUGUCAUGUGGAAAAAAAAAAACAUGUCACACUCUCUUCAUAGCUGGGAAAUAAAGCUGACUACAGAGCAUAAAUAUAAUAUUUUAUUAUAUUAUAAUUCUAAUUAUUAAAUAUGAUAUUUUAGGUGGUGAGGUAUAUGAUUUUCAUCAUGUUUUUAGUCCUCGUGUUUUGAACUAAAGUCUGAUGACAUUUUGUCCAAUGCUGUGAUCGUUUAUCAUUAUUGACUUUUUUGAAUCCAUGUAGAAUAAGAAGCUCGUGAGGCAUAUCAUCCGUGAGCCAGCGCUACAGGCAGCUCCAACUUAAAUGAUUCUAUAGAUUUUUCAUACAACUGAAUUUGCAUAUAUUGCCACACGUUUGCAAAUUGCCAUAAAUUGCCAUGAACAUCUUUGCCACUUUGUCAGUUCCAUAACUGCUAAUGAUGUGUUUCAAUGGUUUACAAUUGGUGAGCUCCUGUUGCCCACCCUCUGCUAUUAAUGGUAUGGAUGUUGACCUCUGUGGCCCUUGUAUGAUGUUUCCUGUAACCCUUGAUGAAACAUAGAUGUUCCUGUCAUGGCUUUUUCAUUGAGAUACUGAAAAAAGCUACUGUAAAUGUUAUCAGUUGAAUGCACUGUGUGUUUAAAAAAAGCUAUAAUGGAUCAAUGAUCAGGAAAUGACUCCAUAAAAAGACAACAUAGUAUAUAGUGUAACUAUAGUGAAAUGGUUAUAUGAUGCAUUUUUGGACUUUUAUUUAUUUCAUACUUUGUCAUGUUUCAAAUGAUGAUUGGCUAUAAUUGGUAUGAUGUUGUAUUGUAACCAUUAAAUUUAGCAAGGAAUGGUUUAAUGGUUAAGGUUGCUUGUACAUACACUCAGCCUAUAUAAAGUAUAAACCUUAACGUUUAUGUUGUAGCAUGGUAAUUGUGUGUCUGGAAGAAAACAAGUGGAUCAUUGAUCUGAUUUGCUGUUGUUGAAUAAAUGUUCCUGAACAUUG